AUACAUCCAUAUCCUCUAGCCGCCAUUUUAAACAUGGAUGUCGCUAAGUUUGUAAACAUUUUGCUUAUCCCCUGCUUUUCUUUGGGAGUAUGUUCGCACUUAAAAAAAUAAGAGCUUCUAUUUCAUAUCCCAAACUGUAAAGAUGUUAUGGCGAUGAAACGAUGAAUAAUAUGGAUAUAGAAUCAGUGAAAAGAGGGUUGAGUUAUUACACAAGAAAAAACAAGAAAUGGGUUAUUGCUGUGGGAAUCUUAGGAUUCACUAGUUACAGUGCAUAUAAAUCUUACAAUUCACCAGCUAUGGUGAAAAGGAGGCAGAGAUUUUUGGGAUUAUUUGGCUCCUUAGCUUCUUUAGCUGAAAUGGCAUCUAACUCAGCUAAUUCAAUUUCCAUUCUUUCAAAAGAUCUGAAUGAAUUUAUACAGUCAGAUUCGGAUCAAGUUCCUCCGAGUAUAAGGCAGAUUUCCAAGAUCGCCAAAUCAGAUGAGGUCUCAGAGUCUCUGGUUAGGAUCACGGCGUCUGUAACCACGGGGGUUCUUCAAGGCUGCCAAAACACGACUGGUACUACUUUUUUAGCAACAGCUUCUGGGUUCGGCGUUGAUCGGGUUUUGGAUAAGCUGUUCACCGACGCUGGCUCUGGUUUUGCGUCGGCCGUCGUGGGGAGCUUCGCGAAUAACUUGGUCAUGGCGGCGUUCUAUUCAGCCAGUCCGGCCGAUGGAAUGAGG